UGUUUUUAUUGAAUGAUCAAGCUUUAUAUUAUUGCGGUCGUUCUGAUGAUUUCAAAUAAUUCUUUUUUCAAUGACCAAUAGUUUUUUGUGAAAUUUACUUAAAAUUCGUGUGUGCAAGUGACAAUUUGAGAAUCGUGUGCCUUAUCGUUUUUUUCCCCCGAAAUAUAUUUUUUGUUUCCACGAAUUAUGGUUCAUUUUUUGUACUGAUGUAGUCCAUUCACAAUACUGAUAUUAACAACAGAUUAGGCAGUUUUGCAACACUCUAUUUUUCUCCAAAAACAUUACAUUCACUGGCAUUUCAAUACAUGCCGGCACUAUUGAUUUUGUAUUAUGACAGAAAGUAAAUCAAAUCGAUUAAUAUAUUUCAAGUGAAGAUGUUUGCCAAAUUUAAUCAAUUCAUGAGAUUUGUGAAAUCAUCUUUAUCACAUCAUGUAGAGAGAAAGAUUUGACUGAGAUGGCCUCACUAGCUCUGGAAGAGAAAAUAAAUAAGAUUCGUUUGAGAAACGAAGAGAUAAAGAGAAGAUACGAGGAAGUUGAAGCGGACAAGAAAAAUGCAGCAAAACUAGAUGCUUUAGCGAAACCAAUUCUACAAGAGGAUUGGCCUACAAGAAAAGAACCUCCAGAAUUCUCGGGGCCGGUGAAGCAGAACUCAAAGCCAAAACAAUCCAUUAGGAGACACAAUGAUCAGCCGCCUCACCAUUACAUAGGAACCGGGGAAGGGAAAAAAAAUCACACUUUUGCGGAUGGUCAGGGUCCUCCGCCGGACCCAAAAUAUAACUUUUUAGCUGAUUCGGAACGAGAAGAACCUGGGAAUGAAACUUCUGUAGAUUCUGAUAGAAAUCGGGGAAGGAACAAAACUACCAGAGGUGGAUUCAAGAGGAGAGGAAGUGGAAGAGAUUGGCAUGCUAAGGAACACUGGAAUCAACAUGAACCUUCAGGGAAUACGUCACAUCCAGAUUACGAAGCCUGGAGAGCGGAAAGGAACCGCAUAGACGAAGCUCGAAUAAGCAGACAACGUACGGCGGAAGGAAAUUGGCGAAGAGAAUGGGAUAACGAUAAAUUUCAUCUUGCAGACGACGUUACCAAACGUGAAAAUCGAAUUUCAUUGGGUGACGUUGCAUUGCGACAAGAAUAUAAUGAAAAUGACAAACAUUAUCGUUCACCUCGAACAACUUCGCGAAUUUCUCAUCAAUCGAACUCCCGUGAAUCCCAUCAAGUCUCUUCUUGGUCCGAAUCAAAGAAAAAUCACAGUGGUGGUGCUGAAAACGAAAAACGUGUUGUCAUUGCGUCGGAAAAGAGCAUUAAAAUUUUACUCAAUCCUCAAGGACCGAUGGCAUCGAAGUCGUCAGUGAUGAGCGUUAAAGUGAGUUCACCGAAUAUCGCAGGUACGGGAAGAGUAGGUCCGCGUCAAAGACCUCGGGUUAUGUACAGCAGCCAACUGGAACAUGUAGAUUCAUCCCACGUGAACGAAGGUCCUUCGAUCGGGAGACAAAAGCCAAACGAUGAGAAUACAAAAGUUCGUAAUUUCGAAGCCCACAAAAUCUUGUCGCCGAAAAAUGUCCAUGAGCGACGUGGAAAGAGCGAUGGGAAAAAUUCGUCCUCAGGAAAAAAAGAGGAAUUUGAGGGUACACCAAAAUCCGUCAGGAAAGAUUCUCAAAAAUCACCACAUGCUCAGAAACGUGUAAACAUUGUGAAUCAUUCUACCAAAUUUUCGCGGGAUCUACAAAAACCCGAGGAAUCAUUGAAAAAGGAUUCUACCACAUUUCUUCGAACCCAAAAAACGAAAGAUACAGGAAAUAAUUCGAAGAUAAGUCGGGAUCUGACAACAAAUGCAAAUUCAAUUGAAAGCGAAAAACUAAAUUUGCUCGAAGAAAUGGACAGCAAUAAUGAAACAAACGAUGAACAGAUUCGCGAAACAACACCCGAACAUAAAAAUAAUGAGGCUCAACAAGAAAACUCCACAAGUUUGAAGGACGAAAGUUGCGAACAAAUAUUCGGAAAUGUUCCAUCAGAAAAUUCAGGAAGUCACGAGAAUGUAAAAUCCUUGAACGCAAUUCCAGAUAUCGGAACAUGCAAUCAUUCGGCCGAUGUCAAUGAAUCUUCGGAAGCAAUAAGUUGUAUGAAUAGUGGAGAUAUCAGUACCGACAGUGGAUUCAUAGAAAUGCCGAGCAAUAGUAGUAUUCACGAUCUUUCGGACAACUUUGCCAUAAAAAUGAACGACAAAAUUGACAACGAUUGUCCACAGUUAUUGCCAUCUACGAGUGAAGCUUCCAAAAAUUCAUCAUCCAUUGAAGGAAACGAAACAGAAUCACAAUCAGUUUAUAAAGGAAACCUUGACGAUGGAUCGCUCUCAAACGAUACAACAACUUUGCCAAACGAUAUGCAUUCUACGAUUUCUUGUGAUAGCGCAAACAGCUGUGAAGAUAAGGAUAAGAACGAAAAUGGAGAAGUAUGUGAAGUACAAUCGAAAGAAAAUGCAAACUCCACUGACGAAAAAAUAGCGGAAAUUCCAAGGGACCCCAACGUAUCAAAAAAUUUGGGCGGUGAUGAAACUCAAAAUAUUCAAGAGAAUUCUUCCACUGACAUGAAAGAGGAAAUUCUCGAUGAAUCUCUGACGUAGAGAACUUCCUGCAAAAAUACUGGAAACUUCAAGAAAUUAAUUAUGAUGAGAGGAAAAAUCAGUAUAAAGUAAUUAAUAUAUUCUGUCCACAUAAGGGGAAAGGUAUCACAAAUAUUUAUAUUUUGUCUUGAACUAGAUUUCGAACUUUGGCCUCGGAAUACGCGUUAUUAGAAUGCAAUGAAAUUUUAUCUGCUCUGUGCAAGUUGUUAGCACUAUCUUUUCUCGUUUUGUCACUAAAUUUCCAGAAGCGAUUAAAAAAAUAACGAAUUUUCCAGAGUGUUAACCUCCGUAAUAAUUGCAAUGAAAUAUCGAUGCAUUCUAAUGAUCCAAAUUUCAAAAUCAUUAAUCCAGUGGAUUUUGCAAUAAAAGUCCAAGUCUUCGCUUAGGAAGAUCGUAGACUUUCAAACUACUUACUAUUUCGAGUAGACAGUAAUGUUCAAUGCUAAUUUUAUGAUAGCACAUGCAGUGCAAAAUGAUAUUACGUUUACCAUAUUUUUCGAGAGUAGAAUAUCGUCAAUUAUUUGGCUGUAAUGUGAACAGAAAUGUUCAGAAUGAAAUUCUGCAACUGUAGAGAAAAGCUAAUGAUUUACAUUUCAAUGCGUACAUCUAACUUCAUCGCUAAUAAAGUCCUUAGAUGUUAAAUUUUUUAAAAAGAAAUUCCAGUGAAGUGGAAUUAUGUUCCAGUCCUGUAAUUUUCGAAAAUUUUGCUAUCGUCAUUGUAUUCAAUGAUACAAGUUUUAAAUAACUAGCAGAAUCGAUAAUUCUCUGGCACAAAAAAUGCAAUGACAGUUUCUGAACCUCAUCUGUGUUACAUGUUGCUCUAUGCUCAGAAAGGUCUUCAACUAAAUAUUUAGUAAUUAGGAAAAAUGAUGAAUCAGCUACUUACUAAAUUAUUGAAUGAUAUUUUUGUAUUGUGCAAAAAUAUUUUUAUAAUCUCUUUUGUCGAAACUAACCGAUGCAUAUUAUUUUGAAAAUGGGGGAAAGGGGAGAUUAUUUUGUCUGAACGAGUUAAUUUAUCGAACUAACGAUUUAAAAAAUAAUCAUCGAAAUAAUUGUUGAGAAUAAUCAUAGUGAAUGAUUAUUAAUAAUUGUUUGAAUAUUAAUUUA